AUGACUUCCAUCAACGAGUCCAUAAUAGAGGUGAUGUUUCUCGCGUCGAAAAUAACGGCACCGACUGAUCGUGUUCGUGUUACCGAAUGGAUUCGUAAGUUGUCCGACACCAAUGCCGAGAAAAAUUCGCAUCCGAAGCUGGUCAGUGAAUAUCUGGACUACUUGAAGCUCCUGCUGUCAUCUGCUCCGAUUUACUUUGUGGAUCCUUUCAAAAGUUAUCCUCCCAAGAAACCGCUCGUUCCGUUGGCCGAAGCCUUGGGAAAUGCGCUUAGCAGCAAAUGUCCCUUCCUGCCUCCGGCUGGACCAAUAGCACCGGUUGUUCUGCAUCGAUCCGGUGAUGACACCGCGACUGUUUCGGUUCUACGCAAUCCGGAUGGGGAAGUAUUUUGCUACAUGGCAAUUGCACCAAGAGAUUAA